UUGAACACUACAAGCUAUUCACAAUAAAUACAAGCUUUUAUUUCUUUUAAUCAUAAUACCGGAAGUCCCGUACCCCCGUUAGCGCUGGUCGAGCCCAGUCAAAACAAUGCAGCUUAGCUGGCCUGCUGCGUACAGCUGCUUCUCACCGGCCGUUAAAUCCACCGUUAACUCCGCAGUCACCGUUAAUUCACCGCCUGGUGUUUAACGGCUGGUUCUUAUCCCCCGGAGCAGCUGCCUCCGCGUCGAGGCUCUCCCCGCGCGGUGUUAUCGGUGUCUUGCUGUGGUGUUUUCUCGGUGACGGUUGAUGGAGGCGCGUAAGAACAUUAAAUUAAGAGAAAGGAAAGAGGGCGUCGGCGGAUCUUUCAGAACCUCCUGGUCGCGCGCUCCGGUGUUAUGGAGUAGGCGCGCGUUCGCGCGGUUCUGACGCUCGCGGAGUUUUUUUGACGCUCGCGCGCUCCGACCAACGGAUGAAAAUGGAGACGGCGAAGGAAAUCACAUUCUAUUGAGCCCCGGCGGAUCUUUCAGAACCUCCCGGUCGCGCGCUCCGGUGGCAUGGAGUAGGCGCGCGUUCGCGGGGGUUUAGACGCUCGCGUCGUUUUGACGCCCGCGCGGUGUCGCCGCUCCCUCGCUGCCGCCGCCGCUCCGGUGUCCGCGCCAUGGCCGCGGGCUCGCUGGUGGCGGCCUGCCGCAGCCUGGCCCUCUCCACGUGGCUGCUGUCCUUCUGCUUCGUGCACCUGCUGUGCCUGGACUUCACCGUGGCCGAGCGCGAGGAGUGGUACACCGCCUUCGUGAACAUCAGCUACGUGGACCCCGCCACGUCGGAGCCGCGCACCGAGAAGACGGAGUGCGGCCGCUACGGGGAGCACUCGCCGAAGCGCGACGUCAAGGGGGUCGCGGCGCUGCCCGCGGCGCCGCUCGACCGCCAGGGCUGCGACCCCGGCGGCCGCUUCGCCGUGCCCGCGCCGCACGCCGCCGCCGCCUGGGUGGCGCUGGUCGCCCGAGGGAACUGCAGCUACAAGGACAAGAUCCGCCACGCGGCGGCGCACAACGCGUCCGCGGUGGUGGUGUUCAACGUGGGGGCGGCGAACCCCAACGAGACCAUCACGAUGCCCCAAGCAGGCACCGGCGACGUCGUCUCCAUCAUGAUCCCCGAGCCCAAAGGUCGCGAGGUGGCGUCGCUGCUGGAGCGCAACGUGACGGUGACGCUGAGCAUCAGCCUCGGCACCAGGAACCUGCAGAAGUACGUGAGCCGCACGUCGGUGGUGUUCGUGUCCAUCUCCUUCAUCGUGCUGAUGACCAUCUCUCUGGCCUGGCUCGUCUUCUACUACAUCCAGAGGUUCAGAUACGCCAACGCCCGGGACCGCAACCAGCGUCGUCUUGGCGACGCGGCGAAGAAGGCCAUCGGCAAGCUGCAACUGCGCAGCAUCAGGAGGGGCGACCAGGAGACGGAGGCCGACUUCGACAACUGUGCCGUCUGCAUCGAGGGCUACCGGCCCCACGACGUGGUGCGCGUGCUGCCCUGCAGACACUUGUUCCAUAAGAGCUGCGUGGACCCGUGGCUUCUGGACCACCGCACCUGUCCCAUGUGCAAGAUGAACAUCCUCAAAGCCCUCGGCAUCGCUCUGAACGCAGACUGCCUGGACGACCUCCCGUUGGACUACGACCUGGGCGGGGGGGUUGUGGGCGGGGCCUUGGCCGUGGCGUCCAGCGACGGCUCCUCGGUGGCGCUGGACGCUGGCGUGAGGCGAGUGGGGCUCCCUCAGGACCACCAGGACCCCCUGAGAGACUCCAUGAGGGCCACCACGGACACACACACGGGUGAACUGCAGCCGAUGGUCAUCACCGUGGAAACGGGCCUCUCGGACGAGGAGGGGCCCGUGGACCCGUGUCAGCUGGGGGACACGUCCUGAGAGGCGCCCAACAGAACCAGACUAGAACCCCAGACCCCCCCCACGCCGCCCCCUACCACCACCCGCCAACACCCUCCUAUCAGGUUCAGAUGUGAUCCAGACCUGGUGGACCCGAAGCUUCGGAGAACUGAUCCAGAACCUAGCUGGACCAAACCAUCGAGUCUGGACCGCAGGGGGGGGACUGGAGUCUGGACUGAUGGGUUUGCACAUCGUGGACUUGAGUUAGUUUACGGGGUUGGCUUUGAUCUGGACUCCAGGGUUUGGAGUCGUGGAGGUAGGACCAGAACCGGACCUGUUUAACGCGGGAACCCUGAUCUCGUGGACAUUUGAGGUCCGGAGGUCCAGAGGGGUCCAACCCGAGUCGGGCGCCAGAGCAGGGUCCGGUUCUCUGGGUCGUCGUUCCCUCUUGGACCUUUUUAUCUGGAUUAUUGUGUUUCCUGGUUUUCCUCCCGGUGGAGACGCACACCAGGUGAUCAGGACCUGUGGUGGUGGUCCAGAACCAGGUGAUCAGGACCUGUGGUGGUGGUCCAGAACCAGGUGAUCAGGACCUGUGGUGGUGGUCCAGAACCAGGUGGUGGUGGUCCAGAACCAGGUGAUCAGGACCUGUGGUGGUGGUCCAGAACCAGGUGAUCAGGCCCUGGUGGUGGUCCAGAACCAGGUGAUCAGGACCUGGUGGUGGUCCAGAACCAGGUGAUCAGGACCUGUGGUGGUGGUCCAGAACCAGGUGAUCAGGACCUGUGGUGGUCCAGAACCAGGUCAUUGUGUCUUCUUCUGGCGUUUGACCUCGUGGUCGUAUUCACCCGCUGUGACGUAACCAUGACAACCACCACGAGGCUCCUUUGAUCUUUCACACAUGUUUAGAUUUUAAAGCGCUUCGGAGAACGCGGUAACCAGAGGAACGCCACCAAUCAACCCGCCGGACUCUUUGACGGCAGCCAUGUUGGAAACGUGGCUAUUCUACGUGGUUAUUCCACAUGGUUAUUCUACGUGUGUAUUCUACGUGGUUAUUCCACAUGUGUAUUCUACGUGGUUAUUCUACGUCGUUAUUCCACACGGUUAUUCUACGUGGUUAUUCCACAUGGUUAUUCUACGUGUUUAGUCCACACGGUUAUUCCACAUGGUUAUUCUACAUGGUUAUUCCACGUGGUUAUGCUACGUGGUUAUUCCACGUGGUUAUGCUACGUGGUUAUUCUACGUGGUUAUUCCACGUGGUUAUUCCACGUGCUUAUGCUACGUGGUUAUUCCACGUGUGUAUUCUACGUGGUUAUUCCACAUGGUUAUUCCAUGUGUGUAUUCUACGUGGUUAUUCUACAUGUGUAUUCUACGUGGUUAUUGCACGUGGUUAUUCUACGUGUGUAUUCUACGUGUUUAAUCCACGUGGUUAUUCUACAUCGUUAUUGCACGUGGUUGUUCUACGUCGUUAUUCCACACGGUUAUUCUACGUGGUUAUUCCACAUGGUUAUUCUACGUGUUUAGUCCACACAGUUAUUCCACAUGGUUAUUCUACAUGGUUAUUCCACGUGGUUAUGCUACGUGGUUAUUUUAUGUGGUUAUUCCACAUGGUUAUGCUACAUGGUUAUUCCACAUGGUUAUUCCAUGUGGUUAUUCUACGUGGUUAUGAUAUAUGGUUAUUCCACGUGGUUAUGCUACAUGGUUAUUCUGUGGUUAUUACACGUGGUUAUGUGACAUGGUUAUUCCACAUGGUUAUUCUACGUGGUUAUGCGACGUGGUUAUUCCACAUGGUUAUGCCACGUGGUUAUUCUACGUGGUUAUGCUACGUGGUUAUUCCACGUGGUUAUGCUACAUGGUUAUUCCACGUGGCUAUGCUACGUGGUUAUUCUACGUGGUUAUGCUACAUGGUUAUUCUACGUGGUUAUGCCACGUGGUUAUUCCACGUGGUUAUUCUACGUGGUUAUUCUGUGAUUAUUCGACGUGGUUAUGCUACGUGGUUAUUCAACGUGGUUAUGCUACGUGGUUAUGCUACGUG